AUGGCUACACUCCGCAAGGCACUGUUCAAUGCAACCGGCUACGCCAUGGCCAUUCCGGGCAUGUCUUUGGUCUACGCGCCGCGGACCGAACCGCGCAGCUCACGUGUGAGCGAAGCCGUGUUUGGUCACCGCAACGACGCGCCGUCGUGGUCCGAUGACGGCUCCGAGAUCGGCUCGGGUCUCGAUCCGGACGCCAUUCAGUCGUUACCUGCUCACGGGUGGGCCUGGGAGCCUGAGAUCGAUGCGUGGACGCCGGCGCUCGCGCAGUUGGAUGGUGGUCUUUCGGCCGAGGAUCCGCUGCGCGUCGUCUCGUUCAACGUGCUCAUGGACAUGUUUGAGAAGUGGGUCUCGGGUGUGAUACGCACACCUGAGAGGCACACGGCCAUUGUGGCGUGGCUUGCCACGCUUGGUGCGCAUGUGAUCGUGCUCAACGAGGCUACGCCCGAGUUUGUCGCUCUUGUCGUAGCCGAUCCUUACCUGCAGGCCAACUUUCGGCUCACCGAGGUCGACGGGGAGGCGCUGCACCCGCACGGUGUCCUCGUCCUUGUCGCCCACUCCAUACCUGUGAUAUCGGUCCACAAGGUCUACUCGAUGCUACUCUUGCGCAAGCGGUGCAGGAUCAAGGAAAAGGCAGCACGGCCGGUGGUGGUGGUCAGGAUCGCGCUGCCAUCCGGCCUUGUCCUCGGCGUGUGCGGCGUCCACCUUGCGUCGCGAGUGAAGGAGAUUGCGCAGCGUCGACAGCAGCUCCGAGAUCUGUUCCGGCUCUUUGCGCUUGGCACAUCACCGACCGGGGGCGAUGGGCCGGGAGUCCUCGGUGUACACCAAGCGCUCAUCGUCGGCGAUCUCAACAUGCACAGCGAGGGUGAGAACACUAUGAUUGCAGCUCCGUACGCCGACGCAUGGCUGGCCGUCAACGAGGAGGUGCCACUCACAGCCUCGUGCACUUGGGAUGGCGAGACAAAUAAGCUCAUUCAGGCAAUGCUCCUCGGGACUGACAAGCGCAAGAUGCGGCUCGAUCGCAUGCUCUUGUCGGCUCCACUCGCCCCGGCCGAUGAUGGCAGCGGCCGAGCGCCAGGGCAGGCUCUCGAAGUCACCGCCAUGGAGAUCAUCGGCAGAGAAGAGCGAGUCCCUGAUACUGAUCUGACGCUCUCGGACCACUAUGGCCUCCUCGCCGAGUUCUCCAUUGCGCCCGUCGCCCCAUCCGACAACAACGACCAUUGAACUGGCUCACCAAGUG